AUGGCGACCAGUCCAGCAAUCCGGGGACGCCUGACAAGAGUGUCUCGGUCAAUUCGAACGGUUUUGCGCUCUCUUGGUACAAAUAAAGAGUCACCAGAAAACAUCCAACGAGCGCUCCUUCUUCUCUGCGAGAUCCUCGACCUGCUAUGUCGACUUCAAGACCAGUUGACUUGGGCAGAGGAGAAAUGGGUUGUAGACCCAUCCCGUCUACACAACCUCAAUGAAAUCCUACGUGCCUUCGAGUCAACUAUCGAAUCGAUUGAAGUAUAUUUUCAGCCAGGCGGUAUCAAUGCGCGCUCGUUCAGAAAACGCCUGUUGGAGAACACUUUUGUGCCCAGGCUGGAACAAUUCAAAAUCAUGUUGAUUUUAGCCAUGCAACCUCAAUCAAAAGAGAAAAUUCGUCUUGAGGAGAAGCUCCGAGCCAAACUUCGACAGUUCCAAGAUAUGGAUUCUGAAUCCAUCCGUGCGACCACCCCAAACUGUGACGAUUACCACCAAGUUACGAGUCGAUUUACCACAAAAGGCUUUAUGAAGCUAGCAGACCUGUGCAAUCGACGACAAAAAGGGACAUGCGAAUGGAUAUUUGAUAAUGAGUUCUACUUGAACUGGAUUUUUGGCUGUUGUCGAGCACUCUAUCUUGUUGCUCCAGCCGGUGCCGGCAAGACAUUCUUAUCGUCGACUAUUAUUGACAAUUUACAAAGAACGUUUACGUCUUCCGAUGUGGCAGUCGUCUUCGUCUUCGGGCAGGAUGAGGCAGAUGACUUGUCCAGCCCACUCGGGUUUUUGGAUAAAAUGCUAGCACAGUUAGUUUAUCGGAAACGAACACCAUCUCAUGCUACCGAAGCUCUAUACAAAUCGGAAUCAUUCCAACAAGGACGGGCUUCUGCAAAGGCAUAUCAAGAUGCAAUUCGUGCGGAGGUCAAUCGUUUUGCGCGCGUUUUCUUCGUGGUCGACGGCAUUGACUUGCAAUCGGACAAAGAACGCAUUUUAAACCGCCUUCACAAGCUACCUGAGCAUGCUCAGCUUCUCGUUACCAUGCGAGAGGCAAGAUACGCUUCAAAGGACGAGCACUUAUCUGUAUUUGCCGCCCGCGAAGAUCUUGAAACAUACGUGAGAGCCCAAAUCGACCAAGACGGAGACCUAAGCUCCCUUUUAAAAAGUUACCCACCAGAACUAAGAACAGCUGUGAUUCAGCAAGUUGUUCAAAAGUCACACGGCCUGUUUCUACUGGCUCGGUUGCACAUGGACUUGCUUGUCCGAUGCAAAGAUGGCAAUCUACUACAAAAGGCUCUUCUACAUCUCCCUGAAAGUCUCAACGAUGCAUAUGGCGAGUCGAUGACUCGGAUCGUUAGUGAGAGUCCUUAUAUCAGCCGAUGUCUAUACUGGACUCUCUAUGCCUGUCGCCCAUUGACAGUUUCGGAAUUAAACUUUGCUGCCAACUUUGAGCCCCUCAAAAAGACCAACUCCACAGACAUCUCAUCUCCCGAGCACGCGAUGCUACACGAGGCCGCAGGUUUGUUAACUAUUGACCAUACGACUGGAACAGUUCGUCUUGUUCAUAAGACUGCCAAAGAAUAUCUCAGUGGACCAGCAGCUAGGGUCUUCUUCCCUACUGCCAAGAAGAAUAUUGCCGACACCUGUCUCACUAUAAUUACAACGGAUGACAUGGUAGAUGAAUGUUAUGUCAACCAAGGUACAACACCUCGUAAGCCUCGCGGAGGCUUGCUCGAUUAUUCAGCGACAUACUGGGGUCAUCAUGCUCGUGAAGUUGGAGAUGAUGAGCAGACCACCCAGGUUCUCAUCCGUGCAUUCCUGAACAAAUUGUGCUGGAGGCGGCCGCCUAUUGAGGUGAUCACAACUCCAAUCGGGGGUAUUCCCAAGAACCUCGGGUUUGGAUCUUACUUCACAGACUGGUCCGGGUUGCAUUUCCUCGCUUAUUUUGGUAUCACCGGAAAAGCAAAGCGACUUAUUGAACAAGGUGCCAAUAUAAAUGACAGCGAGAAUGACCUAGGGGUUACCCCUUUGCACUGUGCCGUUCACCAAGGCCACGAGGAAAUGAUUGAAUUGCUUCUUGAUCACAAAGCCAACUUCAACUUGACUUGUAAACAAGGAAACACUGUGUUACAUGUGGCAGCAGAUCAAGGUCAUCGGAAAAUUAUAAGGACAUUGCUGCAUAGUCGAAUGAACUCUCGAACAGCUAAUGAGCAAGGUCUCACUGCUCUGCAACUUGCUAUUGGAACCUGCCAUGAUGAAGCAACAGUUCCACUUCUGAUUAAAAGUCGUUUCGAUAUGGAUGUUCAAAAUACAAUCUCUGGCAAUACUGCUCUUCAUCUUGCAGUAGGGCUCAAAAGACCUCGUAUUCUCCAAUUUUUGCUUGAAAAGGGGGCUAGUACAACUAUUCUCAACCGAGAAGGCAUGACUGCACUUCAGUUGGCUUGCAAAAUCGACAACUGCGAAGCAGUCUCGAUGUUACUUGACCGAGGCACCAAACCGGAAAGCCGCUCUGCACAAGGAGAGACUGCAUUACAUAUCGCUGCAGCGGAGAGCAACUGGAUUGCAUUUGACUUACUCAUUACUGGUAGUGCUGAUAUCAACGCUUGGGGCUGUGGGGGUGAAUCCUUGCUGCAUAGGCAAGCCCGAAUUGGUCGGUCAAUUUCUAUCGCUGCACAUUUGUUGGAAAGGGGGGCCAACAUUGAAGGCUGCAACUCCCAAGGAUAUACACCACUUCAGUGUGCCGCACUCGCAGGAAACAAAACAAUGUUCCUUUUUUUGGUGGAUGAGGGCGCCAAUGUCGUGGCGCACACAGCCAAAGGAGAAAGUCUUCUCCACGUUGUUCCUCCAUUGAACCAGGACUGCCUCGAUAUUCUUGGUGCUCUCUUAGAACUCAAUUUCGAUGUCAAUGCAGUGACACCUGCUGGCUUAACUCCUCUACAUCGUCUUGUUAUUAGCCAGGCUGGAUUUCCUGAUACACCUUCGGAUAAGACAAUACCUUAUAUUUCCUUGCUACUUUCUCAUGGAGCUGACAUCGAUGCACCGCUCUAUUCAAAGAAGGGUGAGACAGCUCUUCAUUUAGCUGUCAUGUCCAAAAUGCCCCAGGAAUCUAUAGUAUCUUUCCUCGUACAAAGCGGCGCUUCGGUUGAUGCCAGGACCACAGAGGGCAAAACCCCUCUGCACCUAGCUGCUGAACGUGGUCGCCACAAUAUUUUCAAAAUAUUAUUGAGUGCUGGUGCCGAUCCUUAUGUUAAAGCAUCAAUUGGAACACCAAACAACGAUAGUGAGGUGGAUGAAGGUGAAACAGCCUUGGACCUUGCACAAAAGAACCCUGUUGGCCAACUUUGGUUUAACAACCUUGGUAAACUUGACAGUCCCUCCCCAGAUAUCGGACUCGGAAGUAUUGCAACCACAAUCGAUGAAGUUGAAAUCACUUCUGAAAUUGACGAGAUGGGUGGUUCGACUUUGAUUGGAGAUGAGGGCUCUGGUUGGGGGUCUAGAGCAUCUACAACAUCUAUGGAAGUAACAUCGAUCCGUUCAAACUCUUUGCGUUAA